CUACAGGGAAUUCUGUCCCAGGGUGGGGGAAGGGCCGUGCAGGCAGCUGGUGGCAGAAUACUCAGAGCUGCUGCUUCUCCAGUCCCUAUGCCCAAACAGGUUCCUGGUAGAGUGCUACAAUGAUUGUUGGUGAUAGGGCGCCAAAAGGCUGUGGCCCCUGAGUACAGGUGGAGGUGGCAGAAGAAGAAGCCAGAGGUGGUCUGUGCUCAGCCUACCUGUGACCCUGUACAGCUCUCUAAAAGCUAGAAGGAUCACAGGGACAUCAAGAAAAUGGUUAUCCACUGUCCUCAAGUGCCUUGCGCUACACUAUUUCUGCUACUGCUGCUACCUCCAUCCCUUUUGAGAUCAGGGAGCCUACAGAACCAUGGCCCUGGCUGGAGAAUAUUCCACCACCUGGGCAAGGGCUCAAGAAGCUUCUACAACCGCCGUGAUCCAGGUGCAAGGCAACGAUGGUUCCCAAGGCAAGCGGGAAAGGAAAGCAGUUGCCAGGGGAUCUUCGACCUCUACUUUAUCUUGGACAAGUCUGCCAGUGUGAACAACAAUUGGAUUUACGUUUAUGAGUUGGUGAAGGAUUUGGUGAACAAAUUCAAAAAGUACGGCUUCUCCACACUGCUGGCUCCUCUGUGCUGCGGGGAAUAGUCCCUGGCAGGCAAAGGGCAUGACCGUUAGAUUUGCCCAAAUAUGCGGAUGUCCUUCGUUCUCUACUCAAAGGGUGCAGAAAUUUUCAUGCCGCUCACUGGAGACAGAAAAGAAAUUGAAGAGAAUCUUAAGAGACUUGAGAGAGUGGUGCCUACAGGACAAACAAACAUGCACGAAGGAUUUAAAUUGGUAAAUCAACAGAUGGAAAAAGUCAUUGCUGAAGGUAAGCUGCCUGCUUCCUUCUUUGUGGUAGGUGGGGCAUAGAGCUGGUGCCCCUGGGAGACAUAUGUGCAGAUCUCCUGGGCCUCUUCCAAGCUCCUACUCUUGGAGUCAGUUACUGGAGCCAGAACUGCAAGACCAGCCUGUGCAGUGAGCCUUGUACUAGAUGGUUCUGAGACGUACCUAUAUUUGAGGCCCCAGGUAUCCAUGCGUGGAUCUUGGUCACUCUGAGGUCUUUAACCUACACUUGAUCCUAGUGAACAGAAAGAAGAAAAACUGCAGGGACUUUGAAGAAACAGACCUCUUUGUAAAGCUCCGAUCCACAGAUUGUUUUCCCUGCUGGGCCAGCCUUCCUUUUCCUUCUCUCAUCUGUGUCUUCCUUCUCUGAAGGGCCUCUUGGACCUGUAUCUCAGACAACGCAAACAGCUUUGCACCCCCAGAAAGGAUGUCCCUCUGGACUGUAGGCUUGCAGCUCCUGUCAGGAAUAUGUGGGGCCUGGUGCACAACAGCACUGAGAGCAUGUGGGAUCCCCUCCCCUAAGCCCAGUGAACAAUAGUCCUAAACUACCAGACCUACAGAUGGCCCAAGAGUUCCCACAGAUUGUGCCUGAAUCAGGUGCCUGGCCUUCAUCAGCCUCACGGGCCUCUGCAGGAGGGAGUGUCUGACUGUUGCUCCCCUCACCCAGCUAAUAGGCUAAAGCUUAUGGAGGAAUGGCUGGGCUUCCUCAGGGGAAAGUGUGCACAGCCUGGGGGUUAAUGAGAAUUCAAGUCACCUUACCCAAGAUGCUAAGGUGGGGGAGCACCUGACCUGUCAGCUAUGGUCAGUGCAGGGCCCUGAAGGCCUGUGGCAGCAUAGACAUGGAUAGACACUUGCCAACCAAGCUACACUCUUCUUGCUUAUUCUGUAGGCAGUAAAGCUACCCCCAUGAUUAUUGCUAUGACUGAUGGAAGACUGUUACCAAACGUAUUUGAGGAGACCAAGGAACUGGCUAACAAGUCUCGGAGUAUGGGGGCAACCGUUUACACUGUGGGUGUGCUGGAUUACCAGAAAAAUCAGAUGAUAGCAGUUGCAGACUCCCCAAAGCACAUGUUUGGGGUGGACACAGGAUUUGCAAAUCUGAAAACCGUUGUUGAACCACUUUCUUCCAAGACCUGCAUUGAAGUCACAUCUGUAGAGGCUUCUGAUCGAUGUGCAGGAGCUUCUUACGAUGUGUUCAUUACUGGACAAGGUUUUCAUAAUGCAAGAAGGAAGGACCAGAUUAUUUGUAGAUUCAAGUUCAAGGAUAAAACCAUUGUUGAUAAGAAACCUAAGGAUUCCAAUGACACUUCCAUAACUUGUCCUGGAGCAGAGAUAAAACAACCUGAUGAGGAGGUAUUUGUUGAAGUCAGCUUGAACAAUGGUGAGAGCUUCCUUGGGAACAAACACAGCAUUAACAGCACUAAGUGUGGCGGUGGCCAGAGUCCCCCAGUCAACACUGAAAAUACUGUCACCGUUAUUGAGAAAAAAACCUAUGACCUGGGGUUUCUUGCCUGGCUGCCACUCUUGCUGCUGAUCCCACUGUUGCUGUACUGUUGCUGGAAACUAUGCCUCACGGAUAUCAUGAAGCCACCUCCACAAAAGGUACGUGCAGGUUUGAAUCAAGACUUUGUUACUUACCUGAGAACAACACUGACCUUCAAAAGAGGCAUCAGGAAGCCUGUGCCCUGGAGCUCAACCUACCUGGGGAAAGACAAUGGGAACAGAGGGUCAAAGAGGGCUCUGGGGAGGACAUUGACUAGGUUGAUAUCACCCAUACAACUCCCCUCCAGGCACCCAGAAAUUCUUAACCAUGAAUCUGUGCUACAAAAAUAGUGCCUUGAAGGCAUGUUCAGAAAAUGUGAUGAUCUCUACUAAAGUAAGUGGGCUUUCUGUGGGACUCAAAGGACUUACUGUAGAAUGCUGAGUAAUCAGG